UUAUUAUAUACAUUCCAAAUCAAAGCCACCAAUUACAUCCCCACCUGAUCUCCCCGAUAAUGGAAAAUCAAUUGCUGCUGUUUCUUCUCCUCCCUCUCUUCUUUCUUUCAUCCUCCAAUGUGAUUUUUGGCAGUGCUAAGGAGUCUUCCGCCAGGGAGAAUCCAUUCACUCCAAAGGCAUCUUUGAUGCGUUAUUGGAGCAAGCAGAUAAACAUCAAGUUUCCAAUUUCUCCUUUCCUACUUUCAAAGGCGUCACCUUUGAACGCUGUUAACUCCGCUACUUUUGUCAAACUCGCCGCUCAAAAUGGUGGCCUCUCCUCCCACCUCUCCGCCUUCUGCUCCUCCGCCAACCUCUUGUGCUUCCCUGACUUAUCAUCCAAUCUUCACAGUCAGACACAUGACAAGAACUCCAAAUUUACCGUCUAUAGCAACCAGAACUUUACUAAUUAUGGCACGAGUCAAGCCGACGGGUCCCAAUCGUUUAAGAAAUACUCGGAAAGCGAAAAUUCCGCGAUGGAUUCGUUUCGCCGGUACAGUCGAAACUCUCAGGAUGGCAGAGACAAGUUUUCCAUUUAUGCUCACCAUGCCAACGUUGCUGAUGACAACUUCAAUACCUACGGCACCGGUGCAACCGGGGGCGAAGGUGAGUUCAAGAAGUACAAUGUGGAUGUAAAUUUCCAAAAUCUGCGAUUCACAUCGUAUGGCAAUGAUGGGGAAAACAGGGCUCACAAAUUCUCGACUUACGUAGAGAAUGCGAACGUGGGCGUUGAAUGGUUCACUAGUUAUGGGAAGAAUGGGGAUCGAUCACCGAACGAGUUCGAUGGCUAUGAUGAGGGAGUGAAUCUGGCUGAAUCUAAUUUCACAAAUUAUGGUAAUAACGAAAAUGGAGGUAAUGAUACUUUCAAGUCUUAUGGGUCACGUGGAAAUCAACCAAGCAGCUCUUUCCAGAGUUACGGCGAAGGAGGAAAAGGGGGUAUAGAGAGCUUCACUGGUUACAGUGAGCGUAGCAGCGUCGGCACUGAUGCGUUUAAAUCUUAUGGCAAGAAUUCUCACGCAGAAAAGAUCAAUUUCACCAGUUAUUUCGGGCAAUCUUUUGCCUUCGGAGACAACUUCACCGGUUACGGUCAGGGAGCUGACGAAAAGAGCACCGUCGGGUUCAGUACAUAUGGAGAGGGAGACGGACAAAGAAAUUUCAAGGAAUACGCUAAAGGGGGAGCCAGUUUUGUUAAGUACAAUGUCACUCGAGUACCACCAGGUGCUACAGAGAAUCUGGCUAAGAAAUUGGUGGAGCCAGGCAAAUUCUUCAGGGAAGCAAUGUUGCAAAAAGGGACUCUGAUGCCAAUGCCUGAUAUUAGAGAUAAAAUGCCCAAAAGGUCAUUUUUGCCUCGAUCCAUCACCUCAAAAUUGCCAUUUUCUACUGCCAAAAUCUCUGAGCUUAAGGAAAUAUUCCAUGCAAGCGAUAGUUCUAGCAUGGAGACCAUGCUUUUAGAUGCUCUUAAAGAAUGCGAGAGAGCACCUAGCCGUGGAGAGACCAAACGCUGUGUGGGUUCCGCUGAGGACUUGAUAGACUUCGCCACCUCUGUCCUGGGCCACAAUGCGGUGGUUCGCACGACUGAAAACGUGAAUGGGUGGAAGCAAGACAUAGAGCUAGGGACUGUGAAAGGGAUCAAUGGAGGCAAAGUGACAAAAUCAGUCUCUUGUCACCAGAGUUUGUACCCAUACCUGCUCUACUACUGUCACUCUGUUCCCAAAGUCCGAGUCUAUGAAGCGGAUAUUUUAGAUCCAAAUAGCAAGGCCAGAAUCAAUCACGGUGUAGCCGUGUGUCACUUGGAUACUUCUGCUUGGAGCUCAACCCAUGGUGCGUUCUUGGCUUUGGGUUCUGGUCCCGGUGAGAUUGAAGUUUGCCACUGGAUCUUUGAGAAUGAUAUGACUUGGACUAUUGCUGAUGAAUAAGUCACUUUGUUUUACAUAUCGUUGCAUGUUAAAAGAGCUUUAAUCUCCAUAACUUGGAGAAAUAACUCAAAACUCAUCAAUGUCGUUUGCUUUUAUAACAAUUUGUUGCAAUUACAUGGGUUUUCUGAUUUUGAAA